UUCUUUACUUUUCGCACUAUAAAGCCGCACCUUCAAGAUUUUCAGGUGAACUGGCUAUUUUAGUGUAAAAAUUUUGAGUAUUUUUUGAUUCUAUUUCCCUUUUUAUUUGGAAAAACUGGCGCUCAAGUCAUGACAGAAUAUAAACUUGUCGUGGUCGGAGCUGGAGGUGUUGGAAAAAGCGCUCUUACAAUUCAGCUUAUACAAAACCAUUUUGUUGAUGAAUAUGAUCCCACCAUUGAGGACUCUUACAGAAAACAAGUUGUAAUUGAUGGUGAAACUUGUUUAUUAGAUAUUCUUGACACUGCAGGACAGGAAGAAUAUAGUGCAAUGAGAGAUCAGUACAUGAGGACUGGGGAGGGUUUCCUAUGUGUUUUUGCAAUCAACAACAGCAAAUCAUUUGAUGAUGUUUACUUAUACAGAGAACAGAUUAAAAGAGUUAAAGAUGCAGAUGAAGUACCUAUGGUUUUGGUUGGAAAUAAAUGUGAUUUACCAACUCGGAUUGUGAGCAGUGAAAGUGCAAGGGAGUUGGCAGCAAGUUUUAGCAUACCAUUUAUUGAAACAUCGGCAAAAACAAGACAGGGAGUUGAUGAAGCAUUUUACACUUUAGUACGAGAAAUAAGGAAAGAUAAAGAAAGAAAGGGCUCGAAAACGAAACCAAUCAAAAAGAAGAAGAGAUGUAUUAUUUUAUAAAAAUCACAUACUGUUUUACAACGAUUCAUUAUCCUCAACCAGAUAAGAAUUCUGCAUUUUUUUGUGAAAUAGCACAAAUUUACAAAUCAAGGCAAGUGUAGGCUAUAGCUUUUGGCUUGGAUGGAUUUUUUGAAAAUACCAAUUGCAAACAAAUAGCUUUUGCUAGAUUCUAUCAUGUUUAGGAAUUGAAUUAUUUUUUAUCAAAUUGCCAGACUAAUACAUUUAGUAAAUGGUUUAAAAUCACAAAAUUAAUUUAAUUCAUCAUUGCCAUUAAUGUGUAUGUAUGUAUUAUCAAAUGGCACAAUGUAGUUUUGAGGAAUUAGUGGUAUAGAGCCAGCAUCAAUACACUUACAAUAAUACGGCUGAAAAACACUUAAAAAAUAGAAAUAAUAGUAAAAUAACUACAAAUAUCUUAGUCAGUAUAAAAACUUCUUGUGUCAACUUUAAUUUAUUCAAGUCAAAUAAUCACUAAAGUUGUGCAUAUUUUUUCCAUACUUUGGCUGUUUAUUGGAAACCAAAGUAUGUUCACCUGAUUUCUUUUAUAUACAAUGGGUUUUCUGUAACUAAGAUUUUGCUAAUAGUAUUGCAAGAAAUUACAAUGCUUUUUGGUAUGAUUUUAA